GAGCUGAGCGCAAUUCCCCUUGUACAUACAUACCUUUGACCCGGCCGACCUCGACACUCUCCACCCCCCGAGCCCUUUCGAAGCGACAAGUCACAGCUUCAGCAGCAGCACCUCCUCUCACCUCCCCAACAGAGCCUACCCGAGGGUGCUGCUCCCUCCCCGACCCGCCGCCAUGAUAACCCGAUUCAUCACCGACGUGACGACCCGGUUCAACCCCUUCUCCCCGCGCGCAAAGGCCGCCCGCGUCUUCCUCUCCUUCCUUCCCCCGACCGCGCGCGCGAGCGGCAUGAAGAUCACCACCCAGCUGCUCCCGCGGGCGUCCGCCGAGCCGAGCUCCCUGCACGUCAAGUUUAAGGACGGGAAGGAGCUGAACCUCGAUUGCGAGACUCUGGGGAUCAAGGGGAUUAUCGAGGAGGUGGACCGACAUUCGCGAACCCUGCAGAAGCAGGCUGAUCUGAGCGAAGGGUAGUCGUGUUGCGUGGACUGACAACAUUUUAUGUUUAUCACAUGUAUCAAUAAUGAAGAAGAGCAUUGGAUGGCGUUGGGCGACGGGAUUACGACAUGAAUACCAUAUUCAUUUAUCGGUCAACAUAUCAACAUGCAAGAGGGUGCGACGCAGGGCUUUCCAUCCUAAUCCGCAACGCAUCAUAUCAUUUCAAGAUGUGUGGUUACAAAUAUGUGUACCGGAAC